AAAGGAUUAGUAUCCUAUGAUGUAUUAUGUUCGUGUCUAUUUAUAUUAUUCUUGAAACGCCCUAAAAAUCAUAGGACAAUGUUCUAACAGUUAGAACCAACCGACCAACCGACCAGCAAUCGAAAAAGGGAAAUUCAUAAGCAAAAUCAACAUAACUGAAUUUUAAAACCAUAUGUUAUUUGAUCUCAUUUUCAUUAAUGAAAUAUUAAAGAAAAAAGAAUGUUUCGUCAUUGCAUUAGAGUUGUCUCACGGAUAUCAAGGCGGAAGGAAUUUCACUGUGCGAUUUUAUCGAGUCUUUAGGAUCUGGUUAACGUUUAAAGCUCUUUAUAAAGCGGUCACAACGAGCCCAAGCUGUGCCACAUCCGAGUCCAAUCUGAGCUUCAGUUUCGGCGAGCUUCCAUCCAGAAAAUACAGUAUCGUUUGCCCGUACACAAUGGAGGGAGAAAUUACGGGACGUGUUAUUAUUAAUGAUUGUACCUAUAACUAUAAAAACUCGAGCAACAUUUAACGCGUACUUAGUUCUUAGUGAACAUUCAAUAUAGAUCUUUCUUACCCGAGCUCCUCGACAACUCAGUAAGGAAGAUGAAGAUCCUCGCUAUUGUCUUUGCCUUCUGCUUCGUCGGGACUUUGGCAUUUUCAAAUAGCAUAAAAGCCAAGGUGGAACGUUUCAGGGCAUCUUGUAUCACAGAGACUAGUAUCGAUCCAAAAUUAAUACAGGGUGCUAAGGAAGGCAUUAUAUCUAAGGCAGACGAGAGACUUGGUUGUUACACGUACUGUAUGCUGAGGAAAAAGGGAAUCGUAGAAGAGAAUGGACGCCUUUGGGUAAACAUUGCCAAGAGACAGUUAAUAACCUAUGGAGCUGACGCGCUAAUGGCUGAUGAAAUGGUCAAUAAAUGCAAAAACAUCGCUGGUGGCAACGAAUGUAAGCAAGCUAGUAACUUGAUACAGUGUUUCCUGGAGAUCAGGAGUUUAUACAUAUUCUAACUAAAAAUCAAACUGCUGAAAUGAAAUGGUUUAAUUUGCAACUCGAUGCAUUUCGUAAUUUAUUUUGCACAAAAUAUUUAUAGAUUUAAAUUAAUAAAUUAUAAUAAUGUACAUAUCAUUA